AUGCUAAGGCGGCUUGGCCGCGGGGUGGCGCGCGUGCUGCCUUUUUUCUUCUCAGGCAGUGAGAGAGGCAGCUCUAGCGCUGAGUUGUACAGGGAAGUGAGGAGAAGCAAGAUGGCAGCUACUUUGUGGCUGAGCUGUGGCGGCAAGGGGGUGGCGAGGCUGCUCCUGCGGGGGCGGCCAGGUCUGGGAGCAGGUGUGUCUUUCCCCGCUCGAGGAGGCUGGAGGCUUCUGCACGGGACCCGAGAGCUACUGGGUACACCUGGUAUUAAAGUUUUCAUGCCUGCACUUUCUCCUACAAUGGAAGAAGGAAACAUUGUGAAAUGGUUAAAAAAGGAAGGUGACACAGUGAAUGCUGGAGAUGCAUUGUGUGAAAUUGAAACAGACAAAGCGGUGAUUACCAUGGAAUCAAGUGAUGAUGGCAUAUUGGCUAAAAUACUGGUGGAAGAAGGAAGCAAAAAUGUACGCUUGGGCUCACUUAUUGCUCUGCUGGUAGAGGAAGGACAGGACUGGAAGCAAGUUGAAAUACCAGCUGAUGGUAUUGAUCCAUCUUCUCUGGCAUCACCAGCACCUGCGCUUACUUCAACUCAUGCAGGUCCUUCAGUUUCAGCCCCUCCUAAACUGGAACAUCAACCCAGAAGAUUGCAGGUUCGCUUAAGUCCUGCAGCUCGCAACAUUCUGGAGACACAUGGACUAGACCCAAGCAAUAUUACACCUUCUGGGCCUCGAGGAAUCUUCACUAAAGAGGAUGCUCUCAAACUUCUGCAAGAGAAGCAGAAGGGCAAACCCAGUGAAUUGAAAUGUGUGGUUUCUCCAGCUCCUCCCCAGCCUACUGCAGUGCAUUCUGCUUCGCAAGCAACAGCUGUGACUUCUGCUUAUCCAAGGCCAGCAGUUCCACCAGUUUCCACACCAGGACAACCUGCUGCACUGGGCACAUUCACAGAAAUCCCAGCUAGCAACAUUCGAAGAGUUAUUGCUAAGAGAUUAACAGAGUCCAAAACUACUGUACCUCAUGCAUAUGCUGCUGCUGACUGUGACAUUGAUGCUAUUUUGAAAUUAAGAAAAGAAUUGGCCAAAGGGUCAUAUCUCUGUCACCAAUCUGAUGACAUUAAAGUAUCUGUAAAUGAUUUUAUUAUCAAGGCAACUGCAGUCACUCUGAAGCAAAUGCCAGAUGUGAAUGUAACCUGGGAUGGAGAAGUCUGUAGGCAGCUGCAGUCCAUUGACAUUUCUAUUGCUGUGGCAACAGACCGAGGUCUUAUUACACCAAUCAUAAAAAAUGUUGCUGCCAAGGGAAUAAAGGAAAUUGCUGCCUCUGCAAAGGCUCUAGCAAAGAAAGCAAGAGAUGGAAAACUGUUACCGGAAGAGUACCAGGGAGGAUCUUUUAGUAUCUCCAAUCUGGGCAUGUUUGGCAUCAAUGAUUUCACUGCAGUCAUAAACCCUCCGCAGGCCUGCAUCCUAGCUGUGGGCAGAGCAAGACCAGAGCUCAAGAUUGUGGAAGAUGAAGAAGGGAAUGAGAAACUUAAGCAGCAUCAACUCAUGACAGUGACUCUUUCAAGUGAUGGUCGAGUGGUAGAUGAUGAACUGGCUUCAAAGUUUCUGGAGACCUUGAAAGCCAACAUAGAGAAUCCAAUGCGACUUGCCCUGUGUUAAACUCCGUGAAGAUUGCUUCUUGUUUUGUCAACAUAGAUUACUGUUAUGUACUUGGGGUUGUUUUUCUGUAUUGAGGAGUAAAUAGUUACUCUCAGAUGGACAGUUAAAAUAUUUAAUUUAUUGAAUUGACAUGAAAUGCUAUUAAUUUUCAUGCUUUUAGUCUUUUGCAAUGACCAGGUUUUAUACUGUAAAGCUAAAAGACUUUAAAGCUAAUAUACUACAUUUCUUUAAACACUUAGUACUAAUAGCAUAUGACAUUUGCGUAGAAAAGUCAAUAUCUCCUAUGUAAAGGAAAAUAGCAGAAAACUUUAUGAAAUUUAAAAGAGAAUCAUAGAAUAGUUUGGGUUGGAAGGGACCUUUAAAAGUGUUUCACCACCCGCAUCGUAAAACAUUUCUUUCCUAUAUCUAGUCUGAAUUUACCCUCUUUCAGUUUAAAACCAUUACCCCUUGUCCUAUCACAACAGGCCCUGUAAAAAAGUCUGUCCCCAUCUUUCUUAUAAGCCCCCUUUAGGUACUGGACGGCUGCAAUAAGAUCUCCCCAGAGCCUUCUCUUCUCCAGGCUGAACGACCCCAACUCUCUCAGCCUGUCUUCAUUGGAGAAGUGCUCCAGCCCUCUGAUCAUUUUUGUGGCUCUCCUCUGGACUCCUAUAGAUCCAUGUCUUUCUUGUACUGAGGGCUCCACAGCUGGGUGCAGUCGUCCAUAUGGGGUCUUUUCUGUGCUGAGAUGGGAUGCUUUAUUUAAGGCCUAAAUAUCUAGCUUUUUGAGUGAAGGAAGCAAGAAUCACAAUUGGGCAAAGUUCCGCAUGAGUCUUGGUCAAUGCUGAGAUAACUGAGUAGCUAAAUUAUAUUGCUGCAGUAGAAAGUUUUUCAGUUUUCAGAAGACUUUUCUGGCAUGUUGUGCCAUGCAAAUUAGAUUGAAAUAAGGUUUAUAAAAUGUUGACGGAUAUUUCAGUGGCUUUCUAUAUAGGAGCAAAGACUUUAAAAAAAAAAAGUUUUGGAUUAAUUUCGUUCCCAUCACAAAUUCAACUGUUCUUUGUCUUCUCUUUUAUCAUAAGCUACAUUGAAGAAAACAAUAUGACUGUGGAGAUGAAUGGGGAAAAAAAAUGACAGGAAAUUUUGAGAAAGACUAAAUUAGAUCAUAGAUAAAAAUGUAAUUUCUCAAAAUAUUAAGUAAUCUAGUGAACUCAACAGCUGAAUUUGUACAAUUAGAACUCAUUGAAACACAUCUAAACUGUAGGGGCAUCUAUUUUUUCCAGUAGUUUAAGAUAACUGCAUGAUCUAAUACCUUGCAGAGAGGUAGAGAGGAGAAUAAACUUGUCUGCAUAAAUGCAUUGUCUGUAAAGGAUGGAAUCUCAGCAUUGUUGGUUUUUAGGUUUUGAUGGAACCAACUUUUCAUGAAAACAACAUUUUGUGUAAAAAAAAAAAAUUUGUUUUCUUUGACUCUAAUUUGGAGACAAUUUUUUAAAUUUAGAAGAUACCCCAACUCAGAUAUCUUCUUCAGUACAUAUAUAUAUAUAUAAAAAUUCAAGUGCUUUUUGAUAUGUUGUGGUUAACUUAAAACCCAAGUUAAUUGUGCCAGCAGUAUUGUGAUGAAAAACUAGCUUUGAUCUCUUAAUCUCAUAGAGUUUCCAGUAUAAAAGGUCAAAUUUUGCACACUGAAUAUUUGCUGGUUAAUGCUGUUGUUUGCAUGGAUAGAAUAAAGACGAAAGUAGAAAGUGUUUCAUCAUGAGUGUAUAUUGAAUUGUGACGUGGAGGCUUAAGUGCGGUGGCCUGAAGUUUAAAUUAACAGAAGUAGGUAAUUUUUUUCUUAUAUAUAAAUAUGGAAUGACAUAUUGUAUGAGUUUGUAAUGAAAUAACUGCAUAUCCUGGUUUCAGCUGAGAGGGUUGAUUUUCUUCAUAGUAGUUAGUAUGGGCCUAUGUUUUGGAUUUGUGCUGAGAACAGUGUUGACAGUAUAAGAUGUGUUUGUUGUUGCUGAGCAGUGCUUACACAGAGCCAAGGCCUUUUCUGCUUCUCACACCACCCUGCCAGCGGGAUGACUGGGGGUACACAAGAAGUUGGGAGGGGAUGCAGACAGGACAGCUGACCCAAACUGACCAAAGGGAUAUUCCAUACCAUAUGACAUCAUGCUCAGCUUAUAAGGGGCUGGGGGAAGAGGAGGGACUUGGGGGUGGCGGUGUUGGGAGUGAUAGCAUUUGUCUUCCCAAGUAACCAUUAUGUGUGACGGAGCCCUGCUUUCCUGGAGAUGGCUGAACACCUGCCUGCCCAUGGGAAGUGGUGAAUGAAUUCCUUGUUUUGCUUUGCUUGUGUGCGCAGCUUUUGCUUUACCUAUUAAACUGCCUUUAUCUCAACCCACGAGUUUUCUCACUUUACAGGACCUGGUGAAAAUAUAAAUUGCCAGUAGAAUUCUGGGAGUUUGUCUUACUCUGGUUUGCGCAAGUACUUUUUUUAAAGAUUUGGAAGAUUUGUUUGUUGACUUGCUGCCAUAAUUAAAACGUUAAUUGCAAGACAAAACCUUUAGUUAAUACUGAGUUGAGAGUUUUUGCUAGAUGAGUUUGCUUAUUUGACUUGUUCUGAUAUAAAAAAAAUUCAUAAACUAUUAAUCUAACAGUAGGGAGAGAUUUUGAUUACCAAAUCUAGUUUACUGUGCAAUAAUGAACAUAUCCAUUCUGUAUUUCCAGGAGUUUCUCGCUGAUAAAUUAUAUUCCAGAUUGGGUGCUGAAGAUUAAUUUGCAAUUUUAAAUGGUUAACCAUGAAUUUUUCCAAAGUUGUUUGUCAAUCCCAUAUUACUCUGAAGGGAAACAACCCACCAAUUUAUAUAUUGUCCUUAAUAAUGUACAAGAAGUUUGCAUAGAUAAAUCUGCUCUGCCGAAGAGAAUUUGCAGACUAAUUUAAAAUCUGAUAUACUGUUCUUCAUUUUUGUACUUGGUGCUCUGGUGGUGUUGUGUGCUCUCCAGCAUUUGUAUGUCCUACUCUUUAGCUGGACACAGUUAAGGGUUGCAUGACUGAUGUGUACAACUGUAGUUUUAUGCAUAUGUGUGUUCACAUAGUGCGAGUCAGUAUGUUUUACUUUUGCUUUUGGAGCCAUUGGAGGGCCCUGUUGUAUGUAAGUGUAGAAUGUUUAUCAUGUCUCAUUCAUGUGGGUACUAAUACGUCCAUUAUACUUUCCCUGUUCAACACAAAGCGGUGAAGACAGUGCAACUUUUUCUCCAGGUUAAAUAAACCUUUACAACUUUUGAACUAGGCAAAUCUCAAUAAGGCUAGUACAAGCUUUAAUUCAAAUUUCUUUACACCUGCCUGCUUGCCAGCAUUGUCAUUUGACAUAAAGAUAGAUGUAUGUUAUUUGUCAGUCAUCAGCUUAUGAAGGAAAUCUCUGGAAUUCAGACAUGUGAUAGCAGUCAGAUCUCCUUAAUUCAGAGUAAUUGUGCCAUUUGGCAACUUCUGCCAUUUUAGCAGAAGUGAGACAACCAAUAGUUGCCCAUACAGAUUCAAAUAAAAAAAUAAAACAUUGAAUAUCUUCCUGAAGAAUUUAGGGAUUUGGGGAUGGGGGCAAUGGAUAAAAUGGCCUAGAAAGUGAAGCAUUUGAAAUGGUUAUGCUUACGGUGGAAGCAAAUUUGCCUUGAAGUAAAAGUUUCACGGAUGAAAAAUAUAACUUUUCACAUUUUAUUCUUUAAAAUGUCUUCUGUCAACAUCUUUUUUACAUACCUAAGCAAGAAAUACCAUAAAGACAUCUACUUUCUUGAAGAAUUUUUAAAAAAAAAAAUCUAAGAAGUAUGCUAACAUCUGCUGAUAAUGUCUGCCUUUAGGAUAUGUUUGGGGAAAAUUACUUUCUUUGUAUCAUUUUCCAUUGCAAGAGGCAUAGUUAGAAAAAAAUAAAAGGUAGUUAUUUUGGACUUUGUGAUUGUUGACAAGUAUUGAACUGUGUGUCACACUUGAAUCCCUAAUUACACUGUCAGAAUAUUUUUUUAUUUUUUUUCCUGCAAUGUAUUCCUUAUGAAAUAAAAUUUCUGUAAUUAA